GCCGGCGUGAAUGGCACUCAACCUGGAUGGUCAUUUGUAGAAGAAGAGUCAGCUGCUGGACUUUGGGCUUUGGGAUUGAACGGAUACACUCCCUGGACUAGUGAAAGGUGGAAUAUAUACUGCCAAACUUUGCCUGGGACUUGACUUUGACUCACCCGAGAGUUGAAAAUAGACCUGAGAGGUGCGGGGUAAAGAGUGGAGGAUCAGGGGCGGUCCUGAUGGCUGGCGCUUGGGGAGCCGCCUGUGCUGGAUACUGGCUCUAGGAGCCGUCAGCGUCCCUCUUCACCUGAAGACAUUCCACAGGUGCUCCAGCCACAUGUGCCACAGCCACACCACAACAAUAACUACGUUAACAUGGACUGUCUGCAGCAAUCUGAUAUACAUUAAACAAUAUUUCACUCAUGAUUCUUACAUCAGAGGCUUAGGACGUGUGCCCAUGAGGUCGUUGACGCUGGUCCUGCUCCUCCUGAUCAGCGUCCAGGCUGCACUGAACAUGGGAGAGGACGCCGCGACGCCGCCGACGCAUCACCCGCACCACACACACCACCACCACCACCACACACACCAGCAGCAGCAGCAGCAGCAUCAACGCCACAGGACGGCCCAGCAGUCCCACUCCCACUCAAACUCCCACUCAAAGCCCGGCGGCGGGGGCGGCCAGCACCGCUCCCCGGAACUCAUCCCCACCGUGGACCCCAAACUGUUCAGCAAGCGCCGCUACCACUCGCCCCGCGUGCUGUUCAGCGACGUGGUGCCGCCGGACAGCCAGUCGGCGGGGCUGGCGGCCGGCGCGGGCCGGGACCGGGCCCGACACGGGCCGGGGUGGGGGGACCGGGACCCCCGCGUGCGACGGGGGGCCGCCGAGCAGAUCAUGCACCGCGGCGAGUACUCGGUGUGCGACAGCGUCAACCACUGGGUGAGCAAUAAGACCCGCGCCACGGACAUGAAGGGCAACGAGGUGACGGUGCUGCCCGACGUGCGCAUCAACAACCAGGUGAAGCAGCAGCUCUUUUACGAGACCUCGUGCCGCUUCGCCACCACCCGGCCCAGCGGGGGUGGGGGCAGGGGAGGGGCGGGAGGGGGCAAGGGCCGAGGGGGCAAGGGCAACCGAGGGGUCAGGACGGGCUCCGGGGGCUGCCGGGGUAUCGACACCCGCUUCUGGAACUCCUACUGCACCAACACGCACACCUUCGUGCGGGCACUCACCCUCUGGCAGAACCAGAUCACCUGGCGGUACAUACGCAUCAACGCAGCCUGCGUGUGCGUCAUCAGCCGCACGUCGUGGAAGGGCUGAGAUCAGGACAGCUGACCCCUGCUACCGCAGAGGCCCUCCCCGAGACCAGACCUUUACCUCCCCUCCCCCUCCAUCACUCACUCACCUAUCAAUCACCACAGCUUUACUGCCAAUCAUCUGGCCAGGACAUGUCCCAUCAAGCAACACACGCCUGUCCUCCAAGGCCCUACCCCCCACACCCUACCUCACGCUGUAAAUUAUUGGUCGUUUUAAGUUAUGAGGACUGCAUGUCAUAUUUAUAUAGUUUAUACAGUCAAAAUAUAAAUAUAAUUCUAAAUAUAUAUAUGUGUAUAUACAGUAUGCUUAAAAGAAAUCCCGCUUUUUUUGUCGUGUUGUUGAUAUUGAUGUUGUUAUUUAUUAAACACCUCAGUAUGUGUAUUAGGUAAUCUCCUUA